CAAGUUCUGCCGUGACGUCACCAGCUCCUGCCGCUGAGGAGUUGGAGGAGGACGUCUUCCUGCCCAGCCCCCACGUGUCCCUGGCAGGGGCGCCCAGCGUCAGCCAUGAGGCUGCCCAAGGGGGCUGGCAACACUGUGUUCUAUGCCCAGCACCCAGAAAAGGAGGAGAAGCUGCCCUCAAGGAAGGAGGUGAAGCAGACUCCAGUCAUCAUGGCCUUGAUCAGAGGUCCGGGGCCCGCCAAGUACCUACGGCCAUCGUGCACAGGCUAUGUGGCCCACGACAGCUCCCUGGUCCGGGGGCCGGCAUUCACCCUGCAUGAGAGGCACUCCGAGAAGCGGAUCACAGACAUAUGCAGCCCUGGGCCCUGCUACUACUUGGAUCCUAAAAUAACCCGCUUUGGAAUGUCCACCUGCCCGCAGGUGCCCAUGGACAGCCGCGUCACCAGCCUGCGCCUGAGCCCCACACCGGCCCCUGGCCACUAUAACCUGGAGAAGACCCGUCCCCCUGAUGAGCGCAGGGCUCCCCAGUACAGCUUUGGCUACCGGUGCCCAGUCCGGGUGAUGGAUCCCAACCCAGCCCCCAACUGCUACCAGCUGCCCCUCUUGCUGGGGCCAAACACCCCAGUCCGCCGGGCUGCUCCCUGCUUCAGUCUGGCCCCUGCGGUUAAGACCUGGUUCUACCGGGAGAACCUGGCUGGGGGUCCUGGGCCGGCUGCACAUGCCCGGCCAGAGCCGUCUGUGUACCAGAACCGCAGCCCAGCAUACAGCAUGGCACGGCGCCACGCUUACCCACUGGACCACACACCAAGGCCCGGGCCCGGCUCCCACGAUGUGCAGCGGGUCACCCUGCACAAGCCCCGCACGCCUGCCUUCACCAUGGGCACCAAGCACUCGGCCCACCUGUGCCCCCUGGUGGUGGACAUCAGAGACUGAGCCUGCGGCUUGCCCUCCCGCCCUGCAGAUGUUAUUUUUCUAUUCCAGCAGAGCUGGUGCCUGCAUUAGAUAAAUAUUUUGUGUGUUCA